AUGGCUGAAAUGGACAGGGACGGCAGUCCGCAUCAGGGUGAAGAUGAAGCUUCUGCAGACAUGAAUCAUGGAGAACUGUUGAAAGUGAAGCCAAGAAAUGACCCGAUCAGCAGCGCGAGACAUGCGGACGACUCCGAUGCCGCAAGCGAAGACGAGACAGAAAUUGAGCGUUCGGAGAGGAAGAAGCGUUUGAUCGACGGUCACAAAUCGACCUCAUAUAUCGAGAGUCUACCCGCCGAGCUGAGAUUCGAGAUUCUUUCGUGGAUGCCGGACCUGCCAAGCUUGCAGUCUGCUGUUCACGCCUCACCGGUACUCCACGCUCAAUAUAGGGAGCAUCGGAACACCAUUCUUCGACUUUGUCUAGGUCGUGAGCUGGACGGAUUUUAUGUCGACGCUCAUGUUCACUUGAUGUCUCGUGUGAGUAUACUUGGAAGUCCUCGAGGGGACGGAACGAUUGCCGAGUUCCUCCAUCAGUACGGGCUCUGCCUGUCAGGCUCACCAGGAGCUCCAGAUAUGAACUCUCCGAGAGCGGGUGACAUGCGGUGGAUGGCAGGAUUCCACAAUUCUAUUGCCCGACCUUUUGCUCGCCUAUACAGCAACUGGGCACUCGCGAACCUCGAAAGUGCUGCCACAUCAGGGUCAACCAUGACAGGGAUGAUGAGGUCGCCAGACACGCGGGCUCAGUAUGGCACUGCUCUGAGUAGAAGUGAAGAGAUUCGCCUCUUCCGAGCCAUUUACCGAUACGAAAGUUUCCAUCACCUCUUUGGUCGGAAUCAAGGCAGACGCCGCGGCGGCUUUCGCUUUUACACUAUUAAUGAGCUUUUCUGCUGCCUAUUCAACCCUUGGGAAGUUGAGGCUAUCGGUUGUGUCGAUGAGUUUGUCAGAAACAAGUACACCGACAUUUUCAAACAGGUCAAAGAUGAUCUUGAUCCAAAAAACCCCAAAUUCAGGCAAUCCAAUGGGGUCCUCAAUCCCAACGGAUCGUUCUGCCUCGAAACGGAGUGGGAUGACUGGAUGGAGGGAACUGUGUCGCGAGGUCUGCAGACGGCCGUUCGAAUGUUUACAAUCAGCAAUCAUGAGUUGCUGCUAGUCAAGAUGGAGCGCGCCCUCACCACCCAGCAACAAGAUGACGAUUCUUUGAAGAAGACUCUGAGCGCAAUUGCCCAAGUAGGCAGACGCGAUGUCUCAGACACCUUUCCAGAUCCGAGAGACCGAGCGGAGCAGAGGAGAGAUGAAAUGGCGUUUGAAGGCGACGCCGCACCGCCUGAUGCACCACCAUUCGCCUGGGUUCUGCUGUGGAACGGGAUAUACUCGAAUGCCUAUGGGGAGUAUGUUCCAGAGUCGUUGAUUCGAACUGGCUACGUAUUCUGGGAUGAGCGGCGAUGGAUUGACGAGGGGGCAAAGAAUUUUGUCCUCAAGCAGUGGGAAGGCAACCCGUCGUAUGUGGAGGCGAUUCUGGCCGAUCGCGAUUGGAGUCCCCUUGAAGGCGAGACAACAACCGUCGAAGAAUUCCCAAAUGAAGACGCGGAGGUCUCAGAAGGUGGAGAGGGCCAGCCAGGUCAAGCCGAGGACGUGACUGAGCCUGCAGGUGAAUGGCAAGAUGCAGGCUUAGCAGCCUCACAGGUUGACAACCUCUAUUUGUUACAUCGAUAG